AUGUUUACUUUAAGCCAAGAACUUGUCAAAUCACUCCCUAAAAAAUCUCUAGACGAAUUGAAGUCGUUUGAACAGCAGAGCUGUCUUCCUACAUUCGAUUACAAUACUGCAUUCAAUUUAGGGUGCCAGUUAAGGCAAUGGGGCGUCGAGAAUUUUCCCACGAAAGCGAUGGUAAUUGACAUCUCACUCCCAUCGGGUCAGUGUGUUUUCCAUACAACCACCAACUCUGGGACGGCCCUUGAUAACGACAUCUGGGUGGCAAGAAAGAAGAAGACUGUGGUGAGAUUUGGAUGCUCAAGCUAUUUUAUGGGUCAAAAGCUCAAGUCUAAGAAGCUGGAUAGGGUGGAAGAUGCAUUUUACAUUGAUUCUAAGGAGUAUGCUGUCCAUGGCGGUUCAAUUCCUGUAUUUGUACAAGGAAUCGACUCGGCUGUGGCCAUUUUGACCGUCAGUGGACUGAAACAAGAAGAAGACCACGCCUUUGCGGUCUCUGCGAUCAUCGAGUAUGCGCAACAACUCAAAAGUGCAGAAAUGGAGGAUUCUAACUUAGAUUUAGAUUAA